UAAAUACGUAUAUGCUAAAUGUUCUUCUCUAAAUUUGGCUUACCUACCAAGGCAGAAUAGCUCACUGCUUUGCAACAAUCAGGGGCGGAUCCAGAGCAAACUUGAAGGAGGGGCAGUUGGUAGUGGGGUCGCUGAAAAAUUUUCAAAAAUUGAUGACGAGAGAACGCUCUAUACAAUAAUUUCAGAUCCAUUUUCGGAAUAAACAACAUAACUUUGAAGUAAUCCUUGAAGCAAAUUAAACUAUUGGUCUCAGAAACUUUUUCAAAAGGGGCGCACAAUUUCCAAAAAAGGAGCACCAUACUUUCUUCAACUCGUCGAGGGAGGGCAACUGCCCCUGGUUGCCCCCCUUUAAAUCCGCCACUGGCAACAAUUGCUGGGUGAAUUCCUAAAACCAGUAACAUGCGUCUGUUGAUUAUUUUGUAAUCAAUAUUUUAUAAAACUGUCAAGGCUGGAUGGCGUUUUCGGUACAUUUGACUAAAGCUUUGAUGCAUUCUUUGUAUGGUUUUGAAAAUCAUCCCAUAUCUUCUCAUUUUUAUUUGGAAGAACUUUGUAAUGCUAUAAGCUAAUUUUUCACGUGCCUGGUGCUUGACCAGCCUCGUUUCAAAUGUCUUGCAACGUUUGGAAUCGUGAUUUCAAGACGUGGACGCAAAAUGGGCCUGAAUUACUGAAUAACAAGUUUGUGUUGACAUGAAGAAAAAAGACUUGAUCAAGGUCAUCGUAUGCUAGGCACCAGAUCUGCGUCAUUGAAUCUGUUUUUAGUGUAGCCAGUCUUUCUUGCCAAGUUCAAAUUUUUUGAAUCUUGAAUUACCGUGGGAAUGGCUUGGUCUCGUGAAUCAUAAUUAGAGGGUUGGACUUUCUCAAGUUCCUCCAUAAAGGGCAAUGUUGCAGGAAGGAAAUUACCAUUAUGAAGAGAAGGAUUUUAUCGUAUAUGACCAAAUUUCCUUGAUUUUAAGCGGAAUGAAAAUAUGAUUCCAUACUUCCGUUAUACUAAGGUUCCAUUAAUGUGACAUUUUGUUACAUAGUUUACAUGCACUGUUAUUCAAUAAAAACUAUAAAUUUUCUUUAAGAAUAAGGUACAAGGUUUUGAAAUUUCCCGAAUAUUUCGGGACGCAAGCGUUCUGAAGAAAAUUUACGCGGGGCGAGUAGGCUGUUGUUUGUAAUGUACUAAGCGUGUAGGAAUGUGUUGAAUUCUUGGGGAAGGGGGUUAGGAUUUGAAAGGGUCAUUAAUUUGUAGUAAUCAGACAUUUAAAUAAGGAUGGGAGGGGACAAUUGCUCCGACUGGGUUCCUAGAAUACACUAGUAGCUGGAACCUUCAAAGCAAGUAUCAAAACUAUGCCUGCGAUUUCUUGCUUAUGCCGCAUUUGUAAACUAUAUAUAGGACAAAUGGGCUAUACAAAAUGACGGGGAACCCACUGCACAUUGAUGUAUUUUAUCAGUUAUUCAUUUAUUUUUGUUGCGUUGUUAAAUUCGGUUAUUUUUUAUAUAUUAAGUUGCUUUUGAUCAGCGUUAGUAUAGCUAGUAGUGUACGUUUGCCAACUCACAAGAAAGAAAAGAUGAAAAAAACAGAAAAGGGUAAUCUAAAUGACCUCAAAUACAAAUCUGGGUGUGUGUAUAAUAAAAAAUGGUUUCUUAAUAUAAGGAAUUUGUUCCAGGCAAAGCUGCAUCCUCGGUAGAACACCCUCUGCAGAUGACAUAGAAAAUUUUUCACUUUAUCGCAAGCUCCGAUUUUGUAUGAAAUUAUUCAAUAAAUUAAACAACUUUUUAUAAAAGAUAAAACAAUCAACUAUCUAAAAGAAAGUAAACAAGAUCUUGCGAUAGGAAUGUUCAGACAAUUAAUAGUUGAAAUCCACCCUUUGCUGAUAAAAGACAAUUUUCCAUAAAUGAAUGACCCUUAACAUAAGAAACUCCAUAUUUAAAGCACAUGCAAAAUAUGUGGAAUAAACAUCAUUUUUCAUAGAUGUAGCCAAAUAUGGAGCUCGAUCCCCAACGAAAUAAAACUCUUCUAUCUUUACAAAUUUUGAAGAAAAAAUUUACCAGGAUUUUCAUCAUUCGAUUGUACUUGUAAACUUUGCAAGCAAGACAAACACAAAAAUUGUUAUGUUUGAUUUUCCGCGAUGGUGGCAACUUUAAACUAAGAAUGGAUAAAUAUUUUUUUCAGAUUCUGACAUCGAAAAAAAUCCUUCUAGGGCUUACUAUUAGAACCAAUAAUAAUUUUUUUGGCCUAAAGGCUGUAAAAUACAUCUUAUUAUAUUAUUAUAUAACAAACACUUUGGCCAUUGUCGUUAAAAGCUUAUUAUUUCAUUAUAUAACAAAAUUAUUGCAUAUAAAUCUAUGCGAUUAUAUUAACAAUCAUGUCAGGUGACUAGAUGUUUUCCAAAAUAUUACAAAGGUUCUUUACCCCUGCUUCUUCUCUGCGAUGUAAAAGAAUAGUAAGAUUAGAGUUACAUUUUAUCGAUGUAAGAUGUUUUGAAAAUCAAUAUUUGCUUCUUUAUUAAAUAUUUCAGUGUCAGGUUGUUCUUUAUUAGAUUCCAUUGAAUGUAUAGCGUUACAUUUUUAGACACUAAUUUUGAGCUUCUAUCAAAGAUCACUGUGGAAUGUUUUAAUCCCCGAUUUAUUUACAAAAUACAAUUUUUGGAAAUGGCAACUUAAUGAUUUGUAAUGCUGGAUUCAGAGAGUGAGGCUUCAGACCAGUGAUACCCCUUUCUUGAAAGUACUUUUCAUUUUCACUUAAUCCUUCCUUAUCAAAGUCAUAGGGCUACCAGGUGCAUAUAUUUUACUCAACCCCUCUCCCCUUUCCCCUCUCCCCAACAUCGAUAUUUUUUCUGACUGAAAGGGACAGCUGCAAAACUUCUAAAUAUUUUUCCUAAAAUUGUUUGCAUUGUUCGGAUUCUUCAGACCUAAACAAAUAUUCCUCCCCAAUAUUUGAUAUCUUGGGCAUCUAUUUUUUUUUAUUUCUAUCAAAUCUUUAUCAAACCAUGCAAAAUCUCUACCAGAGUCGAAAUCUCAUCUGUCUCAACUCAUCAGGAUGGUACUUUCUAAUGCUCAAAAUUAUUCAGCGUUUACAGAAAAAAACUUUAUCUAAAGUUCAUACCACUAUCAAAAGAAAUAUUAAAGCAAUUAUGAGAUAGAAAUGAAAAUAAAACACGUACUUCUGAAAAAACAAAUAAUGGCUUUAAAAAAGCAAAAAUUUUGAAACAUAUUACUAAAGCUAUUCACCUGACACUCUUCGGAGUAUAAAAGGUCAGAACCUAGAUCGACAAAUCUAAGCUAGUGAACAAAUAUAUACCCAUCAUUUAUAUUUCCAGUAUAUAAACUGUGUAUAUAUAUUUCCUGCGUGGAUUUGUCGAUCUAUGUUCUGACGUUCUAACUCUGAAGAUUGUCAGACGCAAAGCUUUCGCAAUAUGUUUCAAAAUAUUUGAUUUUUCAAAGCCAUUUUUAAAUUCUGUACCACGAAAUGAUUGUUUGCAAAUUACAAAGAAUUUAUCGUUGGACAUAUCGAAAGCUCGGCUAGGUCUGUGAAAUUACAUGUUAAUCAGAUAAAUAACAACUAUUGACUAGUAUGAUGAUUUUAUACUAAGUUUGGUGUGUGCCUCGGAUUAGCAUUGUUUUGUGUGUGCCUCAGAAAUUUAAGGACAUAAGGAGAUCUUGCUUAUCUCAAUUCUGCUCUGUUUAUAAAACAUAAAAUGAAGUAAUAUCGUUGUUAUUACCUCUAUAUCUUGCCUCUAGUAGGCAAAUGGUAGGCCCCUGCUCAACGGGAAACCUUGUUUCAAGGCCCCCUUUCCCCAUAGUCUAUAAUCUAUCCAUUCAAAUAUUUUAACCUCUUAGAUUUAUAUUUCCCAUAUCUAGCUAUUUUGUUGUUCAGUCUUGUAUACAUUCAGCAGGUUUUUUCAAAUUUCUGUUAUAUUCCCCUCGUGUUCCCCGGCUCUUAAGGCAUCUGAAAUUGUAGUCCAGAACAAUAUGAAUUUCAGACUUCGUGGUUAGGUUGUCUUUUACGUGAUGCAAAGGUUUUGGGACUUUGGUCUUUUUCGGGCAAUAUCAGGUUAUCAACCCACGUUUAAGCCGAAAGUUUCAUUGAAAUGUCAACGGUGACAUUUUGUGGGGAUAUAGUAAGGUAUCGUUUAUUCAGAAGUAUUUUUAAUUUUCUUUGUGUCUGUGACAAAAAUGAAGAAAAAGUUGCUUUGGUGUUGUCUCUGGAUCCCACUUAGACGCUUGGCUAAAAUUACCUCUGCGAAGGAAUUCAGGACGAUGAUUUUUUUGUAAAUCUAAUGAAUCUGCGGCUGCGCGGUUGGGGGCUUAAAAUCAAACUUGCUUUUAUGAGAUACGUCUUGAAACGAAUGACCCUAAUUACUCUCUGUGUACUCAUGACGGGUUUUAAAGAUAUCCAGUUGCUUUCCGGAGAAGAGAAAAGCUGCCCAGUGCGGUAAGGAAUCUAAAAAGGAUCGCUCUCGGAUGAGCAUGACGUGAGCCAAGGAAGACAGAGUCGAGACUGCAUCCCAGUGUUGCUUUGCAUUCCACUACCGGAGUAUUGAAUUCUCAGCCGUGUGCCGAGUGCUUUAAUACGGAAAUACGAAACGAGGACUGUUGCCAGAUAAGAUUGCAACUCCGAAGAUGCUCGCCAGUUUUAGGAUUUGCCAUUUGUUUGAGCUGUUUCUGACCUUUUCUUUAUGGGAAGUCUCUCUAGCCCGGCCACGAUCAAGCCCCACAGAAAGAAGCACAUCAAGAUCAUAUUUUUCACGAUGUGGAAAAGGAUCGUCUUCAAAUCUUGAAAGACUGAGUUCUGCUGUUCCCAUCAAGAAGCUUUUGGCAUCAUUUGACAUCAGUACAGUAGGUUCCUCUGUCUCUUUUAUCAAUGGUCUAGAUUUUGUUUAAAUUCCGUGGUAUAUUGACGGAGUUUUGUUUGCUUUGCAUUUAUUUUUGGGCGAUUGUUAGCACACAUUGGCAAACGUGCCUCUUCUAAUCGUGCAGAACAUUACCCAUGCCGUACGUAGUUCCACACGAUCUAAAAUGCAACAAAUCUAACUGGAUAUUCAAUCAAGUAAAGGCCUCCCGUUCAACCGAGUUUACCCAAUGACUGCCCUGUGACAUUCAGCAGGCACAUCCAUAGCUAAACGUAGAAAAUCAUGCAACAAUUUUCACGCUCUAACGGGGGGCUUCUCUCAGCAUUAAAAAAUCUUACUUUUAAGGUGAGCUGUUUUUGUCGUUUUUUUGCGGUGCCUCAAUAGAGCGUCAGGAAUGUUUCUUUAAGCCAUUAAAAAAUUUCCAAUCAUUGUGACUUGGAUGAUCCUCUUUUGACUGUAACACAACCGAGAGUUCUUUGCCCAGAAACGGAUAUUGGAUAUUGAGAUACUUGUUCCAAGCACCUUGAAUAAUUACUCUAAUUGUUGUUGCACGCCAUCUCAAAGAUUUUCCAAAGAUGUCAGUCGACCCAUGGCGUGCAUGUUCUCAAAAUUUGACCCUCAGAAAUGAAAUAUUGCUUGCUAAUGUUAGAGACACCUAAGCCAUCUUUCGUGAAUAUUUACAUCGGGACAAAACAGAUAUAAGUCAAUAUUGCAGGGCCUAAAACUAGUGCGGAGCUGUCUCGCUGGUGGGCUUAUAAAUGAAAACUGUUAAUGUGUUGCUAAAAAGUAUGCAUUUUAUGAGUAUUAUUGAAUUCAAAUGCCAAAAUGAGUUUACACCGAAUAGAAUGUAUUUCAGGUAAACUAGAACAUUAAAAGUACUAAAAGUAUUGAAGCCAUCUAUCUUUAUACGCCAUUAAGCAAAGAUCCACCGGCGAAAUUCUCAGAACUGCGGAGCUCUCAAAGAUCUUAUCUUAAGCACAUCCAUAUAAUCCUACGCGUAAAUUUAGAUGAAAAAAGCAUGAAAAUCUAAUUUUUUCAUUUUCAUUAGCCUUUUUUAUUUUUUGUAUAGGUUUUUUUUGUAUAGCAGAAUCACAAUCAUCAAGUAUAGGCUUUUUCGCGCCACAUAAUUUCAUACGAGAGCCCACAACGUCCUGGCUUUCAAUAUCUUAAAAGCAUUCUCAAAUGAAAUUUGUCAUAUUCAAGAGAGGCAUUAUAGCGCCAUUCAGGUUUGAUGGCUAAAGAUACCCUGAUUCCUUCGUAAACCUUUUUACAUAUUAAGCUACAGCUGUUUAGCCAUUUUUAAAUGCCUCAGCCGAUCCACUCGAAGUUCAUAUACUUAUUUUUAUGGGUCUAUACAAACCAGGCUCGUGAGCAAACGUGGGCCAAUAUACGUGGGAAUGUCUGUACAAUCUAAACAAACCUAAUUAUCAAUGUAAACGGUUUCAGUAUCGAAAGAAUGUCGGAACUUUUAGUUGAAAAGAACAAUAGCAACUCAGUAACUAUGUUCGGGGAGCCCUGUUUUUUGUACUGUUUGUUGUCGCUGGGGAGGCGUAUUCGCUAUUUUUCUUGCCAGUUUACGAAAAAUGCAAAAUUUUGUUUAGAGAAGGGAAUUAACCUAGUAUUCGGGAACCUGGCAAGUCUAACCAGGCAAGAUUUCUUCAUCAUAUACGGUUUUGCUUUGGAAACUGGGUAUUCUAAGUAAAAACAAAUAAUUGAAAAAUUUGGCCAAGGUCUUUGUCAUCCAUGAUGAAAGAUCGAGGGCUGGAAAUAACCCAGCAAUCAAUAGGGAUUCUAAAUAUAAUCCGCUUUGCGUCCUGUUUAAAACAACUUUGACAAACAAAGAGUGUAAGGGCUUCCUCUCCCGAGAUAGCAGCUCCGAUCCACAUGCCUUGAUUUCCACUGUCAACCCACAUAGGCUCUUCAGGUAUGCAAAAGAAAGUAGAAUUUGUCAUUUAGAAGACGUCUCUGCGAUCUUUUUAUGUCUCAAUACGAUCUUUUUGCUGGUGCCUGUUAAAACUGAAAGCACCAAGACCAUGCCCUACCGUAACUGCACUCAUUUUCAUAAGAAACCGGCCAUAAGGAACGGAUCCCUAUUAUGCCAAAAAAUUUUUGCGAAUGAUGAUGCACUGAAGCUAGACUCUUUUUUUUAAGAACCAGUAAACUUAAGUUCAGGCUGACUGUUUAUAAUUUUUUCGAAAAUCUGAGGCUAGAUUGUUCUUAAUUUGUUCUUUAUUUAAUAGGGUGUAAGCAGUGUGAGUGCUAGCUUUUUUGCUCUAGGGAGUUAGUCAGAACUCAUUUGCCAGUGAGGCAGCCUUCAUUUGCCGAUAGGUUUGAAUAUUCACUCAAAAAGCACCCACAUAUGGCUAAAAAUCCUCGAUUUUGAGAAAUUUUUUGCUUGUUCAAAAUUGUAUUUUGCAGAAGCUCAGCCUCAGCUUGUUCUUAAUUUGUUCUUAGCUUUUGACCAAUUUUGAGGCUCGUGUUCUUAUACAAAAAGAGUGUAUCAGAAAGUGUUAUGUGCUUCUCUUAGUUGUUUUAAAGGAGGUCAAGACAAUGAGCAGUUCUUGUACGGUUUACUAAGUACCCAGUAUCAUGCAAAAUUACUUACUUGAGAGGGAGGGGGGGGGGGGUAUAUCACUGUCUUUCCCUUUGCAUUGCACUGACAUAUCUCUUCCCCCAUACCUUCGUUGGCACCUCAAUGCAUUUCCCUAAUGGUCUGCCUUCGUGGUUUGUUAACGGUUUGUUUAUGAUAGACGAGGAGGGGGGUCUUGAAGUGAGUAAAAACGAGGUCCUACAUGAUAGCCUUGUUCACUACGUGAUAAUUCUAGACAUGUCUAAAAAUCGUAAUAAUGCAUUCAGAAAUCAUGCGAUAGAACUAGUUGAGACGUUACGAAUUACCCAUUUGAUGGAUUUUUGUGGUUUUCAUUUAUUUACUUGGGCUUGGCACCAAUAAAAUCCUUGAACAAACACGGGAAAUCGUUCUCGUCGCCCUGAAUAUUUUCCUUUCAAUUUAGGCCACAAAAAACGUGACUUCAAGCGAAUAUGUUUGAGUACUUUUUGUUUGGAGGUCUUAUUUCGUGUCUAAGUGGGUAACUUCUAACCGAUUUAAGUCUAGAAAUUAUUUAAAAUACACUUUUUCUGAUGACUAGAAAUGUUCUUUCUGACUUUUCCAUUAGUGCCCUUGGCACACCUUUUUAAUAGCAUCUUCCUGAUAGAUGCUGAAACAAUAUCCCCGAACGCUGUUUUGGGACAUCAGUCUUUUUCGACAUACAUUUUUAUGAGGUUUAGUUCCCUGAAGCUUAAAUGCGAAAUAAUUCAAAAUGUUUGCUCCAUAUUCCAAUGGGCUGCAACAAUUAUAAUCUCUUGCACUUCUUCGUCAUCUUUUUCUACAUUACUGCUUGGAUUCUUUUCCUCUUAUUUCUCUCUUCGCCGCUAUGAGGCGUGUGACGGAAUUGAGAAAUUGCAGAGUUCUUUAGUAGGUUUGUAUUUCUAGAGGGCCGCGCCUUAAACUUCGGAUUUGGAGAGGGAAGCACAUUGGAGAAGGGUAGAAAUUUUAAAUUUAAGAAGUUUAUAUCACUGCAAAAUGUCACGUCGUUAAUUCAUACUUUUGUGUAGCCCACCUACGUUCCGUUGCUGUUAUUCUGGUGGAACAAGUGACAAGAAUGCACUUCUACUACAUCCUUUUUUAUAAGAAACGGUGAAUUGAAGUUCAAACUUGCUGCUCUUAAUUUUUUCAAAACAAUUGAUGCUGGAAUGUUCUUAAUUUGUUCUUAAAACAUUAUGUUGUAAGCAGUGCAAUUGCUAGCGUUUGUGCUGUAGAGGGUGUUCAGACCUCAUUUGCGAACACAGUGACAAUUUGUGUUUGAAAAUUCACCGAAGACGCACGUGAAAUUUUUUUAGACAAAUUUUUUCAAAAUUACAUUAAACAGCAGCUUAGCCCCAGCUUGCUCCAAUUUGCUCUCAAUUUUUUACCAAUUUUGCGGUUCGUACUUUUAUAAAAAUUUUCUUAUAAAAAAGAAGUGUAAAACAAAUUAAGUUUUGAAUAUGCCGAUUCAAGGCAAGUCUGGAUAUAAAUAUAAAAAUCAAUAGGCUUUACUUUACAUAAGCCAUGUUAAAACGUACUGUCGCUUUUAUAUCCAUGUUUGAGCUAAUCAGAACACCAAUGGAUUCAUAAUGUCAAGCGUUAAUCGAGGGAUAAGUAAGACUUUCUUUUCUUACGCGGGCAGACAAUUUGCUGUUAAGGUCUUCACCCCUCCUUCGGAACGCCUCAAUUCAAAAUGGAAAAUGUCAGUCAAACGAGAAGCAAGUUUGGUUAAAGUUCUGUCCCUUGGGCAUUGUGUGCCAUUUGCAACUUAUUCUUAUAUAUUUAGGAGAUAUUUUGAUGUUCAUCAAGAGAGCGAUCUAUUUGUUAUGAAAGCAGGACAAUUCGCUUUUCAACAAGGCCCAAAGUAAACUUUUGUACCCAUUCAUUUCAGCGAAGUUUAUCUCUUUCUUUUUUCUCUUUAUGUUUUCAAUCGAGUGCUUUCACACACCUAUAGCUAUUAUUUUUCAAAACCAAAAUAUUCAACAGAGGAAUUGCCAAUUUCAUCGUUUUCUUUGUACUAACACAAGCUGAGUUUCGUUUCUUUGUGUAGCAUUUACUCUCAACCUCUUUCGUUGAGAGUUCCUUGCAUCCAUCUGGUUUAAUUAUUUUUUAAACUUGCUUGGGAAAUCACGAGAGCUGUGCCCUUCUUAACGUUUUGGAAGAAGUGUUUCUGUUCUUUGUUUCUCAAAGAUUAGCAUCGUUUACAAGCAGGUAUCAAGUAAAUAUGGCAGUCAAAACGCUUCGUUAUUCGAGAACCAAAUUUUUAUCUUUUCAAGGUUGAAACUUGGACGAAAAUCCAAAUAUUUUAAAGUCAAGUAUUUUUGUUUCUAAAGUAUAAAUAUCUUCGUCUUUUGAAGGAAAAACCGUCACAUUUGGAAGACAGAAUUUAGUUAACCAUGUGCUUCGUGGGGUUGUAUUCACUAUAAGAAAAGUUUCGUGAAUAUCAACCCCAGUUUUUAGGUUUUUUUGUGGAAUCUUGGAUUCAUGUGAUUCCUUUUCAUAAAACUUUCCCUUGCUAGACGAUAAAUAGAUUCCCCUACGAGGAACUGGUUGAGGAAUGAAGCUGUCUGCAAAAGCAUUUGUGCCAACGUGGAUGGUAGCUAUCAGUUUCUCAAUGUGUCGUCUUGGUAAAGGAAUUUCAAACCUCUCUCAGUUCAUCUGCCGUCCAGGCAAAAGUUCAGCUGACAUUUGAAUGAUAGGCCCACAUCGGAUUUCACUGUGGUAAAUAGUGUUAAUGGAAAGGCUAGAAAUAUAAACUGAAACAUCAGACUACUUGCAAGUGUUAAUGGAUAACGUCAUUUUUCAGUCAUUGACGAGUCAUAGAGGAAUAUGGUUGGAAUUGGGUAAUAUGCGAUGCUCCAAUCUUAAAAUGUCAUCAGUCUGAAGAUAAUGUUUCGUCAAAAUCAUUCUGGGAUAUAUAUGUUUAAAAGUCUUAUUUUCCACUUUCGAUAUUCAAACAAUAUUCUGUGUACUCUAUCUAAGACCGUGUCAUUCUUUUCGAGGACAUACCUUGCUUCGAACAACAUUGUCUAGGGACCGACAGCACAAUCCAUUCCUGAUACAUCACGUGUACCGAGGCUUUGAUUGCAAAAGUUAACUUUUUUGGAGAGGGGGGAGGGGUGGGGGAUGGCUAAAUGUGCUAAUGACCUAGAGCAUGACGACUUUUUGUACGGUUUUAAGUACAUUUAAGAAAUUAUUGGGAGGCGGGCUAAAGCCCCCGUAGCCCCCUCCCCUAAAGAACAAUUGUGACUAUGGCCCUGCCAACGACCAAUGUUAACGUUCUGUUAACUUUUCAGUUCAUUAUUAAGGUUAUUGACGUUAGCAAUAUUAUGCAAGAAGAAAGAGUCAUUAUUUAUUAAUAUAUGAGACAUGUUUAAACUAUUUAGGAAAAUUAUGCAAGAAGAAAGAGUCAUUAUUCAAUAUGAGACAUGUUUAGACUAUUUUCAAGUUGAUAUAAAACUAACCAACAAUGCUCUGCAUUAUAUGAGAUCUUUAAUGGUAGUUUUAAACCAAAUCUUGAUUCCCCAGUAAUAGCCAAACAUUGAUUAUCUCCUAGAUUUCUUGAUCGACAUUUGACCGUUAAAUCUAUCAGCUUUUACAUUUAAUUACAACGUUAUACGAAAAUCGAACGACCUAGCUUAUGUCAUUCUAACAACGAUUUGUCAUUUCGUCGAUAGCAGUUGCAGGACCAGCGUCAAAGGGUGGGGGUGGGGUGGGUAAUUCCAUGAGGGCAUUGCCUUUCCUUUUUUUCACUGAAUGAAAGGUUAUAAUCGGCUCAGAUAAUCAAUUCAGAUAAACAUUUAACCUGCAACAAAUACAUUGAGCCAAAGUCCACAUGUAAAACAACGCCAUCAAAAUAUUUGCCACAAUUAGGACAAGAAGGGGUAGGAGGAGACUUCUUUACAUUGUUGGCCUCUUUAGUUUAGGAACAGUUGCACAGAACUUGCGUUGGUUGCAGUAUGAAAGAAUGUACCAAGCUAAAAGUCGUGAAAAUCUGUCUGUAAAUUGAUACAGCCUUCCUGGGUUACACACGGUCAGAGGGAUUCCAUCCAUUUGAUAUGAAGCAUUAGCAUCUCCAUGACUAAGACGAAAGAUCAACCCAAAGAUGGCCGCCUUUGUCUUUUAAAUCCCCGAUGAAUUGAUUACUCCCGUUUGUUUAUUAGAAGCUUUUUCCUGCUUCACAAGAGUACUCUAUACGGGUCAGAGGUGCAAAAUGUACUUUAGGUGUUCUUUUAGAACUAGAGAUAGUGUCCCAUGGUUUACGGCAUGUUGUUACGUUUUAGAGCACAAGUCAUAGAAUAUGAACUAGUUGUUUCUUGUUGUUAAGGAGACGAGUCUAGAUUCCCAUUUUCAUAGCCUUUAUUCUAUCCGUUUUUCCAAACCAAAGCCCGUCGCGCUUCAAAACGAUAUGAUCGAAUUUUUUGUACCAUAGUUGGAUCAUAUAAACCAGAGUAAUGUUCCUACUUCAGAACAGACUUAGCAAUGCAAUAUUAUAUAUUUUUUAUUACUACUGCGCAUGUGCGUGCGAUGCAGAAUUUUGAAAGCAACUGGACCUUCGGACAAAUGGUGGUUCGUCACUUCAACAAAUAUAAUUUGCUCAAACUGCCAAUACUUUUCCCAUCAACUAACGAUAACACAGACGACAACAAACAAUCCUUUUACUAAAUGACAUGCAUGGCUUUCAAGCAUUUUACUAAUGACGUCGUGAAGGUUUGGGUCUUUCAAGCGCUAUAAUAUGGCCUAAGUAAGGUUAAAAUUACCAGACAUUGCAGUUGGCCUCGCGGUGCUAUAUGACGUCAAAAAUUCACCAAAAAUAGUUGAAAGCCUAUCUGUUUCCACUAGUUUCUUACCUAAUAAUUCCACAAUCUACACUUCAAUGUCAUCAAUCUGAAGCUACCAUCUUCGCUGGUUUUAUAAGAUAAAAUCAGUUUAAUUUAUUAGUCAAUUGCCCAGAUAAUUUUCAAAAGGAAUGCGCCCAAGAAUGUGAUGGUGUAAAGAUUCCUCGGUGAUGAAACCGCCACUCGAAUUGGUGAUGGCAGAAAGAUCAACUUGGCUGUUGGCUAGGUAUCACUUUUGCCGCAGGUCAUCAACCAAGUCUAAGGUUGCACAUAGUGACAUAUUAUCAAAAGUUUGGCAAUGGUGCUCAUCGAGUGUUACACAGGGCCAAUCUUUGUAGGAGUUAAUCACCUGAUUCCCCUGGUCCCCUCCAACCUACCAUGGGUAUCAGUGCAACAAAAUUUGGAGCGAGGAAAGGGAAGAUAUGAGCGGAGAAGCGGAGGAGCGGAGGAGCGGAGAAGCGGAGAAGCGGAGGAGCGGAGAAGCGGAGGAGCGGAGAAGCGGAGGAGCAUCUAUUGAGAAGAAGGAAAAGUGACUCUGGGCUAACCCUCGUCCAUUCUCGUAUGGUGUUUCAUUUUAUGUUUAACCAACCAAAAAACGACGAAGGAGCAAAGCAUGUUCUGAAUCCAGGAAUUUCAAGAUCCGCUAGCAGCGCAUAUAAUCAGUAAUGUAGCAAUGAUCAACUUUGGUAUGCGACACAAAGAAACCAAGAGAUCUAUUGCUGAAAUUAUAAGAAAAAUACUCUUGAUAUUAUUCCCCAUAAACACUGAUAAAAGAAAGUAGUGAAGCAUAGUUUCUGAACCGAAAGAUUUUAGCAAUGUAGCGGUCUCUAGAGUUAUUGCCCGCAACUCGCGCGCGAUAGCGCGCGAGUGAAGGGCUUAUAGUCUGCCCCGCGUAUAAGUAGCAUAUGGAAGCUUCAGUUCAUGUUGUCAGCACUUUUUCAGCAGAUUUUGUCACUUUUCUGCUGCCAUGACAACUGUCAAUCAAUUUCAUUGUCAAUCAAUCGGCUUUGUCGAGGAGGUCGUUAACCGCCACCUCUUUGUGCGGAAGGGAAUUAUCUUCGGAGCGUUGCUCUGCCAAGACUCUGUUAAAGGCCUUCGGUUUUUUGGCACGAAAACGGUGCUGCAUCACAGCUCUGUUCUCCGCAAUGGAUGGAAGUUUUGAUUCGAAGUUUUGGGAAUCAAAACCAGUCGAAUGCCACACUUUUCUCCCAAAAACUCGAGACCGUACGAGCAAAAGUUAUGAUUGUUGGCACGAAAACGGUGCUGUAUCACAGCUCUGUUCUCCGCAAUGGAUGGAAGUUUUGAUUCGAAGUUUUGGGAAUCAAAACCAAUCGAAUGCCACACUUUUCUCCCAAAAACUCGAGACCGUACGAGCAAAAGUUAUGAUUGUCUUGAUUAUCGAAAAAUAAAUGUCAAACCCUCGAAAAACUUCAUGAUUUUCAAAAGGGCGUUGGACUUAAAUCAAAGGCAAACUGAACACCAAAAAUUCUUGAUAAAAAGAAUAGUUUAGCAUCAACUAGAGCAGCUGUUUUUAUAGAAUUGUGAAAACCCAAGAUGGUGUCUUCUUCGAAUAUCCUGACCUACAUUUUCAAAACAAUCAUUAUCAAGGAACUAAUUGUUUGCGGGCAGUACUAGCAAGAGCUAUUUCUAGUUCUAGUGUUAUCCUGACUCUAGUGUUAUUGAUCGAUCUUUACUGACUGUUCAUCCUAGCAUAGUUGUUCUUCAAAGUUAUUCAUAGAGAUUGGAAAUGAGUUUUGAAGUGAUCAGUGUCUAAAGCAAUGCUUGAAUUACAGAUGAUGCCUUUGGGCAUAGCUAACAGCAUCCAUAGCUCAUACUGAACUAUGCAAGUAAUCUGACAAGUGAAUACGAAAAAUUUAAAAACAAAGAAAAAUUCUUCCUGUGUAAGUUACCAUUUGCAAAACAUGUUGGUAUUUCCUCCACAAAAGUUUAAGGAAAUCCUCAAAACAACAGAGAAAUGUUUGCACAGUGUCUGAUCAGGUCAAGCCAGUGUAAAUUGCUCUCUGUUAUGAUGGGUGGCAUUCAUCGCAGUCAACAAAAUGAACGUCGCCUUCUUCCGACUUGAAUCAUGCAGUUCUUACAGCAUUUGUUUUAUAACGAAGACCAAGGUGAUAACAAAGAAAGAUUUCGGUGCACCAAAUACAGUUCUCUGGUCAAAGUUGGUUAAGGAGUACCAGGUAGAGGGCAAAAAACCAGCACCAUUCAGUGAAGUGAAACAUCGCCGAAUAUUUGCGCGAAGCAAACUGGAAGAUAGUUGUUUACACGGGUUUUACGUCAUCGGAAAAAGCGCGGAUGGCGGAUCAAGCAACGUUCAAAAAGACAGCUCUCCAGCGUCAUUGCUCACUCAAGGAGAACUAAGACGCGAUAAGAAGAGACGUAAGAAAAAGCGAAAGCCGCGUCGUAACAACUCGAAACGCCAGCGAAACAGACAUAAAAGACGCAAGCAAGGAAAUCGCAAAAGGUCAGCACAGGGGUGCAAGAGGGAUGAAGAGUUUUGUGUGCGGAGGUGCAUUGCUUGGAAUAAUGGUGACUGUGUCCGACUGCAAAUCUCUUGCAGUUUCCUGUGCCCCUCAAGCAAUUAAAAGUAGAGAGACAAGCAUAGCAAGCAACAAGCAGAGAAACAAGCUCUCAAUAAGAGAUAUCCAGGUUUGAGCCUCGCCAUUUAAACAUUUUGAAGUCAUUUUAUCUUACACUGCAUUGUCAGACAGAUAGCAUCACUACUGGAGUAAAUCUGCAUUGUAAAAGGAGAUAAAAUCCAUUCCUAGAGCUGAUGCAACAGUUUAUUCGGAGCCUACGUAGUAUGGCCUAGUCAGAGAUAGCAGACUUAAACUAUUAGGGCAUUACGGCUAACAUGUAUUGUAAGUCAAACACCAGCGUCUGUCACGUAGAUUAAAAGGCAAUCUGUCUCGUUGUGGAUUGGUUAACGAGAACAAUAGCUGAAACAAUAGCCUAAACACAAUUCCAGCGCUCCGCCAUAUUUUUUACAAUGCGAUAAUUUAAAGGGGGACUGGAAACAAUAAAAAAUCCCCUUGUUCUUAUAAUCAAUCAACGUCGUGACAGAUUGCCUUUAACAGUAAUCUUGUAGUUUUUCUCAUAAGAGAGACUUCCGCGAUAGCUGAUUUAGUGAUUGACAGCCAUGUUUUAGCCAAUCAGAUUCGCUAAAAACUUUUUAGUAGUGCAUAAGACGUGCAAGAACACGGGAUUGUUUUAGUUUUUCGCCACCUGUGGCUUAGGUGGAAUUAGGGCAUAAAACUAGUAGUUGCUUCAGGCUGUAUUUUAGCAAUGCCCUCAAUUCAUUAGGUUGACAUUUAAUGAACUGCUGUCAAUCAACAAAGCAGUACCGAUAUUUUAUGAUGUCUUUUCUUGUUUAUCAACAUCGGGCCAGCGUAAUAUCACGAUUUGCAGAAAACUGUUGGCAGAAAAGUCUUGUAUUUCUUUAUAUUCCAGAGUUGUUUAGAAUUUGCAUAGGUAUGAAGCUUCAUCCAAUGACAAAAAAUGUGCGAAAUGUCUUUUUUGUAUUAUCACAGAAAAUCAAAUGCAAAUAAAACAGCAACAACUUAUUUUAUCUAUACUCUACGCAGUCUGGAAAUACACGAAGUCAUCGGGUCGUGCCUGCAUAUGAUUCUCAAGUUACAAAUAACAAAUCUACAUUUUUUAUCAGAACCGAACUGCAAAAAUCGAUUGAGAGACUCUCUCGAGUUAGAGGCCAUGUACAAAAAAUACAGAAAAGGUUGUAUGGUAAGCUGUAGAGGCUAAUUUGCAAAUCUAGCUGGCACACCCAAUGCUUCCGAGAUUAAGGUUUAAAUCGAGAAGCAAUGGAAACAGAAAAGAGUGCUGUUGAUUGUUUUCUUGUGAUUAAUCAAACGUUUUAGUUGCCAAAAUAAAUGAAAUUUGAGAAGCUUUGUUAAAUUUGAUUCCAUAUAACGUGUGUUUGCCAAGAUCCCUUCCGAGCGUGAUUGCGAAAGUUCUAAUUUCUGAAACAGAAAACCUUGUAAAAGAGCAAGCGCCAUUUUGAUAAACAAGAGAAGACACUAUACAAUAUCGAGGCUUGGUUGGCAGUCGUAAACUAAUUUCAGCUUAGUUCCGUCUUACAAGUUGGGCACCAUCUGAAAACAUGUUUAGCUUCAAAUGUAUUCCCGACAGUGUUUAUCUUAAGAACAGAUAUUUUUUCCUUUCCUUGUUGAAAUCUUGCCGAACAAACCAACGGCUUAAUGUCAACAAAGUAGAAGGAUGUUGUACUGCUAUCGUCGUCGUAUUUUGGCUUAAUCUUAGUUUACGACCAAUUGGAACCUAUUUGCAACCUAUUAUUUGGUACACAACAGAGCACCACCUCAUCUCCAUUUUUCCAAGCUCAUUGUUAGCCGUCACAGAAAAAUGCCUACUAGGACAAAUGAUGGUAGAAAAGAAAAAGAUACCAUUGACGAUUUUUGGCAUAAAUGGCAAGUAGCAUAAUGAAUUCAAAUAUCGAAAAGAGUUUAAGAAAUAUAAAUAUCGUGCUGCUUUUUAAGCUGCGGAUACAUUUGCCUGGAGCUGCGAUGUCAAUAACCCUCGCCAGAAGCAAUAGCGACCUUUAAGGGCUUCCAUUUGACUGCAAAGUUACAAAAUGAGAUCUUUUGACAAAUAGACUUCUCAAUACCAAUACCCAUCAAUACCUCUUUUUCCUUCUCAUUUCCUGGUACUUUUUGUUGUAUGGCUAUCAUGGAAUUCUAUUCCAACAGAAUCCAAAAACAAGUCUUCUCGAAGUCAUAACUUCUUUGCAUGUCACUAUCUUGAUAAAGGAUGGUAAUGCAUAAACGGGUGAAUGAUUUUUGCUCUUCCCUUCAUUUGGAGCUCUUAACUUUUUCAAUGAUUUAAGAAAGUAAGAGAUAUUUACCUUUCGUUUCAUUAAUCAUAUGUAAUAUUAAAUUGGAAUUCGGAGUGCAAAACCGCUCGACUGGAGCUUUCUAGGUCAAAUGAGAUGGUUUCAGCAACCCCAUUAAAACCUUACACCACCGUUGCACAGCUGUUAUUCAAACGUUACGUCACCUGGGUUCUGCAUGACUCCUCAAUUCCAUGUAAAAUGGCGAUGGAACUCUGUUGUUUGCUCAUCCUCCUCCAGAUAUGACCCUGCCUGGUCUAAUUUCCUAUCCGUAUUUUCAGAUUGCAAAACCAGCAGACAGAGAUGUUCUGCUAAAGAUUUGUGAUGAGGUAACUUAGAUGUAAUGUAAGAUUUUCUGUAGAUAGAUUUGGAUAUUUUGUUAAAUUAAUUAAGCGAAAAUCGUUAUUUGUUCAUAGAAAUUUGAUAGGCACACACAUUGUGUGGACAUUAAACAUAUUUUCAGACAGUGUAGAGUAUUUUGUUGCAAAUUUUAGUGUACCAAGUAUUCCACAGACAUUUUAGAAAUCUUCGGUAGUAGGUGCUAAAUCCUUAUCAUAUAUUUAUAAUUUGGCUUUUCGGUUCGCUAGUAUAUUUCAUUUAGUUUUCAUUUUCAUUUACACUGGUAUUUUGCUCUUUAAUUUUUGGUAGUGAUUUCGCGGGAGAAAUUUGUUUUUGCCCUUGAUUUUUGAAAAUAUAAUCUUGAAAAAAGAAAUGUGUUUCUUUGAUAUCUUUCUGGAUAUACAAAAAUAUUGAAAGAAAAAUUAAUGAAGCUCAAGGUUAAUUUGCCGUGAACAUUUCAGAUUCAAGUUUUGUUCAUUUAAAGCAACUAAUUCUCAAAUAUUCCCCAUUAGGGUUUUUCCUUGAAAAUAUGUGUGGCAGCUCUUUAUUUCCGUGCAUUAAACCCCCAUUUUGCAAUUUUCAUUGUUUUAAAAGGCGAUUAUUGCUCCAAAGUUAUAGUUUUAAAAUUCGUUUAAUUUUUUUACGAAGAGUUGACCUUGAUCAUAAGAUGUUUUCAAUGGGGCCGUUGAUGAUUAACAAACAAGUUUAGAUUGCUUUAAAAAGAUUGUAUCGAUUUUUGUAAGAAUGAAAAUAUCUGAGAUGGGCUUAUGAAACUGUGAUCUGAAUGAUCCUUUGUGAAGGACAAGUAAAUUUGACUUUUAGCAUCCGUGUGCUUGUGCUAUCAAACUGUGCUUUUAGUUUGAACAAAAGGUAGUAAGGAAGUCAGAAAAUACAUUGUUCCUCAAAUUGAAAGUUAAAGUUUUUAGUCAGUGUCCAAAAACAAAGCUAAAAAGCACAUGUAUGCUGUUCUGAUCAACCAUUACAGGUUUACUUAAAAACUUUAAGAAAGAGUUACACCGUCAUUUUUCAAAAAUACUGUAGAAUAUUUUAUUUUGCAUCGAAAAAGCCUUUAAAAUAUUGUCUGUCCUUUUGCAUUUCAAUAAUUAUAGCAUUACCUGGAAAUUUCGCUACUUUUUGUCGAAAAUUGGCGGAAAUUGUCGGAUAUUGCACCCCUGAUUCAGAUGUAGAAUUUAAGCAAUGAAAUUAACAUGGCACUCUUUAUAACACAAUAGCACGAUCUGUUUUAAAGCAUUCCCUUGGCUAGGUAUGCACGAAUUCGUUUUUGUUACACAAUACCAACAAUGGCAUUCUUCCAUCGCUGCAUCGUUAAAAGUUGUUGUGUUUGUUGUGUUUUAUGAUGUAUGCUCUUUGUUUAUUAUUGUUUGUAACGACCUUUCUUGCAGCCGAAACAAAGUUUAGACCUACAUAUCUUUGCCAUCUCUCAAGUGUUUAUUUCAGCAAGCCAACGCAUAUCUAACUCGCGUCUUUUUAUUAUUAUGGUGAGGCCGACAACAAAACUUGAUGUUGCCCGCUGCCUAACGAAUAUCACGGUUAAUAAUGGUUGGAGUUAUAAAGAGGGCAAUCCUAUUGUUGGCAAUGGUAACUGGAUGUGAGGUGUGUUUUGAAGAACUGCUAACUGGAUAUUGAAGAAAAAAAGAAUGAACCAACGGCAUGGCAAAAGAAAAUAAACAACGAAAUAAUGAAACAUAACAAAAGAUUUCAAGAAGAUUCCAAAUAAACAAACUCAACAAGAAAUACAAGGCUACUUGAAGUCAACAACUUUCAAAAAGCUAGAAACAUUGAUUGACCAUUUAAAGUUCAUUGCUGUACCAUACUACUAAAAUCGUACUACAGGCAAAAAGGUUUGUCAACAUUGCAGUUACUUCGUAAAGCUUGGAUCUACUCAGUAGCUUAGUGAGGGGGAAGCAAGAGGGACUGGACGCAAACCCUCACCCCCAAUGGCAAAAAUUACCUUUGAAAAGAGGCGUUUUAGUGUUUCAAAAAGUGUGGUCCAACAUUAUGCUCUCGUUCAAUCUUACCACUCUGGCUACGAUACUGGAUCUACUGUAGUUUGUCUCAUUUUAGAUGUCACAUGAAAGUUCCUUAAGUUUGAAAUAGUAAUGAGAAAAAUGACAAUGACAAUGAGAAAAUCUUUCUGUUGCUUGUUUUCGUAACACUCACUUGAUAGCCAAUGUCAGGCAGAUCUUGGUAUUUACUACGAUAAACAGACAAAAAUACAAGUGAGUACUACAAAAAACAAACAGAGCAAAGAAAAAGUGGUUGGGUGACAUGUAGUGUAUUGCAUCAUACAUCUGAAUUAGUGAUUUGUUCAGGACGUAAUAAAGCAAAACCUUUGGCAGGAAUAUUUUGUCGUGGUACUUGAGAUGUGCAAAGCAAACAAAAUUUUCUGAAUUCUCCAUGCAAUCAUUUAUAUUGCACAUUGGCUUUGUGCUUUUUCUACCAUUGUAUUUCAAUUUGUGGGAGUUCAUUCUGCUGGCACAAAUCCUCGUGUAGGUAAAUGAGACAAGCCUAGUGGGUUGUUGAUACUAAAUGUAAUCAUUGAAGUGGGUUGGAGCAAGGCCACAAAUUUGUAUAUAAGAAUAACAAUAUGUAGUGCAACAGAAAUCUAAAUUCACGACCAAGUUGAUUCAGUUUAAAUAGUUAGUGAGGAUACAGGCAACAUUGAAAUUAUCAUGUUCUUGUCUGUAUUACUCUUGUGGCGUGUUCGGGUUCCGAAGACUUGGGCCAAGAAAUACUGCAAGUUUUCAUGUAACUCAGAUGUGUAUCAAGCUCAAUUACCAACUGAAUACAAUUUACAUAAAAGUUGGAUAUCACAUGUAAUUCUGGUUUACAUCAAUCAACAUAGCAAACACAAACUGUGCAGACACAGCUAGACAACAUAGUUACAGGACAGCAAAUCAAAGUUAUGAAUUAAUACAUACUGACAUGGCACCGAAACCCAGCUAGGGCCAACGUUACACUCUGAUAACAUCCUGGUUUAAAAGACAUUAUUGCAACAAAAACGAGAAUAAGAUCUGUGAGCAUAUUUCUAAUCAUAUCAAACAAAGUAAGACGACUGUUCCCAUUUCUACCAAGGUCUGUGUGCAUCACUUUUCGUGAUGUUCUCCUCCAUGUUUCCAAUAUGAGCAGCAGAAUACUUAAUUGAUUCUCAUUUUUCAAUUGAGAUUUAUAAAGUGAAAUUAAUACUCAACUUCCAUAUUUUUGCCGGAUGGUAGUAAAUAACAUAUGAUAUUAUAAAAAACUUCCCAUAUUAAAUUUAUUGGACCAGGCAAGAUCACAGUAAACAUUGUACAAUAUCCCGAUGACAAUAUUUCUGCCGAUUAUCAACAGAAUCACCUCAGGUGAUAUUUUAAUGCUUGGACUUCAAAUAGAAAACCCCUAAAAGUGAAUUAAUGACAUCAUUACCAUCCUGUCUCUAGAGAAUCUUUAGUAAGGAACGACCAUCCAAAAAUGAUAUUGCAGUUUAGAAGCAAAAAGGUUUUUGGGAUGCCAAAGCAAAAUUUCCUAUGUUGAAGCAUUGAGAUCAAUAUAUGAACAAUUUUUUGGAGGUACAAAACUUGAAAUGGCUUUCAAAAAAGCAAAAAUACUACAAGAUACUAAAAGCUUUUUCUUCUGACAUUUCUCAGAGUAAAAAAUGUCAGAAUAAUGGUCCGAAAGCCAAAAUGAGAACAA